AUGGAUCAACCCGUCCCGUCGAACAGUAGUGUCCAACAGCAAGUGCCCGUGUGUUCCAGCCAGUCGGAGAUGCUCAGUCCGCUCUAUAUGGAGGCGUACUGCCAGUCGCUCGAGCAGCCGGAAUCGUUCUGGGGCGAUCUGGCGGAACAGCUCAUCGAUUGGGAUCAACCAUGGGAGAAAGUGUUGGACGAUAGCAAUAGUCCUUUCACGAAGUGGUAUGUUGGAGGGAAGCUGAACGCUUGCUACAACGCGAUUGACCGGCAUGUGUUGGCCGACAAGGGCAGUAAAGUUGCGCUCAUCCACGAUAGCCCCACUACCAACACCGUACGCCACGUAACGUACAACGAGCUGUACGAUAAGGUAUCCCGAUUAGCUGGCGGACUGCGAAGGUUGGGUGUACAGAAGGGAGAUCGUGUCGUCAUCUAUAUGCCACUGAUCCCGGAAGCUAUUAUCGCCAUGCUGGCAACGGCGCGGCUUGGUGCAGUUCAUUCCGUCGUGUUCGGAGGUUUCGCGGCCAGUGAGUUGUGCACACGGAUAGAGCAUGCCGAGCCGAAGGUGAUCAUUGCAGCGAACUGUGGUGUAGAACCGCACAAGAUCAUCUACUAUCUGGACAUUCUGCACGAGGCCGUUGCGAUGUCACGCUGGAAGCCGUUGAAGAACAUCAUUUACAGACGCUCGAACAUACUGAUGUCGGAUCUCGACGAGACGUGGGAUGUGGCCUGGGAGAAUGCAUUGGACACGCCGGUCGAUUGUGUGCCGGUGGAUGCAAACGAUCCGCUCUACAUUCUUUACACCUCCGGUACAACAGACAAACCCAAAGGCAUACAGCGACCGAUUGGUGGGCAUCUGGUAACGCUGAUGUACACCAUGAACACAAUCUACGGCAUCCAGCAGGACGACGUCUGGUGGAACGCUUCGGAUCUGGGUUGGGUCGUCGGACAUUCGUACAUCUGCUACGGUCCGCUGCUGUACGGUGCGACCAGCAUCAUGUAUGAGGGCAAACCCGACCGAACGCCGGAUCCGGGUCAGUACUUUCGCAUCAUUGACCAGCACAAGGUGUCGGCCAUCUUUUCCGUACCUACUGCAUUCCGCGUGAUACGCCGUGUCGAUCCAGAGGUCACGUUCGGGCGGAAGUACAGCCUCAAGUCGUUACGCGCCAUCUUCAUUGCUGGAGAGCAUUGCGAUCUGGAAACGAUGAAAUGGAUGCGCAAUAUCUUCAAAGUGCCUGUGCUGAAUCAAUGGUGGCAAACGGAGACAGGUUCGGCCAUUACGGCGACCUGCGUCGGGUAUGCACAGAACCUCCAAACGCCACCAUUCACGACGGGACUACCAUUUUGUGGGUACGAUAUCUACGUCCUGGAUAAGAACGGCCACGAGGCAAAACCCAACGAGCUGGGCCGUAUCGUAGUCAAGCUGCCGCUACCACCAGGCAACAUGGCCACGCUCUAUCGCAGCGAUGAGCUGUUCCGCAAGACAUACUUCCAGCGGUUUCCGGGUUAUUACGACACGAUGGAUGCGGGAUACAAGGAUGAAAAUGGAUACAUUUACGUAACUGCACGAGAUGAUGAUGUGAUAAAUGUGGCGGGACAUCGUAUCUCCACCUCCAGCCUGGAGGAUGCCAUACUGCGUCAUCCGGAUGUGGCCGAUGCGGCCGUUUUCGGUGUGCCAGAACCGACGAAGGGUCAGAUACCGCUCUGCUUGUACGUGACGAAGGCGAACGUUUCCAAACCAUCGACCAAGAUGUCGGUCGAGCUGAUCAACAUCAUACGAGAGGUGAUCGGACCGAUCGCAGCCUUCAAACUAGCCGCCCAAGUACAAAGCCUACCACGUACCAGAUCGGGUAAAACGUUGCGCAAAGCGAUGGCGGAUCUGGCAGCGAACAAACACAUCACCAUCCCGGCCACGGUCGAGGAUCCGACGGUCUUUGUCGACGUCAAGCGUGCGCUGCGGGAACUAGGCUAUGCUAUGGCCGCCCCCGAUCCGGAACUGCGACCAACCAUACGAUGA